AUGCGCUACCCUCGGUCCGUCUUCCGCCGCACGUUUGACGCGACCUUCGGCCAGCAGGAUCGGCGGCGAGUGUGCUCUUUCGGCUUCGAGCCGAACCCUGCACACGCGGAUCGGCACCACCGUCUGCAGGCCUACUACGCGGAGCAUGGCUUCCAAUACGUUUACGUUCCUGCUGCUGUGGGGGACCGUGCUGACAACCUGACCUUCUAUCUCAACCCCACGGUCGCGGGGGGCAGCUCGCACUCGGACUGGAGCUUUGGAAUGAAGUCUCGUGAGCUCAACGCCUCCAAGCAGCGCAGCCACGUGGUUCCUGUCAUCGAUUUCGCCGCGUUUCUCAAGGCGCUUCAAGCCCAAGGUAGACCGCCUGACGGGCGAGUUGUCGUGAAGAUGGACAUCGAAGGAGCUGAAUUUACUGUGAUGAUGCAGCUGCUCCUGCACGGCGUGCUGUGCAACUUGGUUGACUUUAUUUCCGUCGAGUGGCACCACCGAUUCCUCCCGCUGCCCGCAGCUGUCAAUCGAAGCCUGCGGAUCAACGGUUCGGAAGGGAAGCUGGAGAGCUGGAUGCUGCAGGAAGCCGUGCACGACUCAGUGGGCUGCCGACUAAAGGACCUGUCAACGGUGGAUGACGAGAGCUACAUAAAUGACGGCGCGCCGCUGCAGUGGACGACUUGGCCAUGA